GUAACAAAGAAUAACAACAUUACACUAUAGAAUAUGCUUCAAAUGCUUCCCUUACAUUUACGCAUAAAUGCAUUCAUGCAAAACCAAUACCUCCUAGCAACAAAAAUAAUCCCAUGGCUGAAUUGCAUAUAUUAGGACAAUUGCAUGGUGCAUCGGAGUUUAAAACAAGAUCUUCAUUAUUCUGCCGAUAUAGUUUUCAGUCUGGUCCAAAUUGGACGGUUAUUUCUGGGUGUUCAGAAGGUCAAACGGUAUCGGCAAAACCUGACCACGAAAACAAAGUUGCUUGGACUCAACCGCUCGAUAUUCAUUACAUAACAAAGGGUAUCCAGGGUUGGCCAAAACUAGUCUUGCAAGUAAGUUGUUUGGAUUCAUUGAAUCGCUCCUGGAUAGUGGGCUACAGUUGCUGCAGUUUACCAGCAGUCCCAGGGUAUCACACCAUAAAGGUGCCAUGUUGGGCUCCUGCCGCCACCAACCUCUCUGACCGAGUAAAACAAUACUUUCUUGGUGGAUCUCAUCAGCUUUUAGAAACUGAUUUAAUUAAUCUAGGCUUAGAUAGGUAUAAAUUGCAUACAGAGUCAAAAGGUAUCAUAUUUUUACAAAUAGACACUAUCUUAAGAAAUUUAUGCCAAUUUGGUAUAGAGUAUAAGUAGAAAUGAAGGUUAUUACUUACCUCGGGUUUACACUACUCUCCAUACUGAUACAGUUUAGUGUUAUGGAUUAUAUCCAAGAAAGACUACAGCCAGAUGAAAAACCACUGAUUACUAACAUUACUAGCAAUAGGAAUCUGUUUCGA